GCUACACCACUCUUGGUAUGUCACUUUAGAUAUCGACGGAAUCAGAACUGGAUCGAGAAAUUAAGCGAAUCUGCGCCUUAUUUCAAAAGAAAGAGACGGAAGAGACAUGGGAACAGUUUGAUCUUGCGCUAAAAAACGUUUCAAAGUGGACAAAGGAAGGUGCGACAUCAAUGGAGAAUUUCAUUCCAGCCAUCAAAACUCUGAAAGAGCCCAUUGUGAAAUCGUUAUUAACAGAGCGCAGUCGAUUGUCCGGAACAACCACUGACCUGCUAGAACAACUUGCCAUCCAUCUUAAACGUUCCUUUGAGCCAUUCAAUGAUGGCAUUUUACCGCAUAUCAUGAAGUUAUUCACACGAUCCAACAAACUUUUUGUCAGCCGUUCCAUCAAGUGCGUAUCGGUCAUCAUACAACAUGCAAAAAUCCCUCGAGCCAUUCCUCAAUUUUGUAAAGCCAUUACCAAGCCUGAUCCGAACAAACAGAUGAGAAUGGGGGCUGCCCAGUGCUUGACUAGUAGCAUUGAGUUCAAUGCUUCGUCUGACUUGGAACAUCAUUUGGAGAUUAUCGAAAACGCUAUACGAGUGGGAGCCAUGGAUCCAGCUCCUGAAGUACGCGAAGUCGUCAGAAAGUGCUUCGAGAUGUACAAAAAGCAACUGCCUGAGCCAUCAAUCAUUUUCAUCGCCAGUUUACCAGCUAACAUUCGUAAAUAUUUAAAGAUUGCUGGCAAGGGAGAAUCCAAUUUACGUGUUGGAAAUAUUCCUCCCUCCCAUCGCCCAACAGUAAUCUCGGCAAAAUCAUCUUCUUUUGGAGAUGUUCGUCGAUUAGCCAUAAGCAAAAAUGCCAUUCCUGGUAAAGCACUUCAUCGAGCGCACUCCCACCCUCCUUCAGAAACAAAAUCUUUGCUUGAAGCUCCCGUACCAAAACGGCAAGCUUCUUAUCACAUACCGAACGGGUCAUCAAAACCUCCAGCAACAAAACGCUUGCGCACAGAUCAAAGCCGUCUGGCACGGCCAGUGACAUCUCAAACUGCGCAUUCCGACACUGCCAUACCUGGACCCAAUGUUACUACAGAUUCUACUCCUCCAACAAGACAAGGCACCCCAUCUAGCGUGACUGAAACAACCCCUCCUCCUACAUUAGAAUCCCCAAUAGACGAUCUUUUGCUGGUCAAGAAUGAGAAUGGAGAUACGAAGCAUAAGGAUCAACAGAGCUCCUCUCAGCCAAUCUCAAGUACCCCACCGAUAUCAGCCAGACCGCCAUCAUCCUUCAGGCGAUCACGGUCAAGCUUAUUAUCAUCAGCUCGUCGAUCACUAGGAGAUCCAGUUCGACCGGUAAAAAGUUAUCAACUUGGUCACGGUAAGUUUUGAUCACAUCCGGCUAGUUUACGUAACAGAAGAUUAACAGAGGAUCUAUUCAGAUCAAAAUGGUGCUACCAUAAUUCGCCAGUCAUCAAGUAGUCCCACUACGACACCGUCAAAAACUGGGACCGAAGUGAAACUUCAAAAUGACAAAACGAAA